AUGUCCAAUUUUGCGCUCACUUGCAUUUGCCUGUUUGUCGCAACAAAUAAAUUUCGUCAAAGCCUCACCUUCUCUCUUCCACUGCCGGCGAUACUCGUCUUUGUACCUCACCUGGUCCAGCACUCGCUUCAACGGUCAGAAAGUGGCGAUAUUGCUAACGACGACAAGCAAGCAACAUCAACCAUGACCGCCGGAACAGAUUCAACCCCCAGGAUCAAAUGCACUUAUCAAAGCUGCGGCCUGUAUUUCGUCAACGAAAAGGCCAUGAAGCGCCACAAGAGAUAUUCAGAGGAGCACGAAUACUGCCAUUUGUGCAAUGAAGACUUUGACACCAUUGAAGACUACAUUCAACAUAAGAUCAUAAAGCCCGUCGAACACAAGAAGGCUUGUCGGGUUUGCGGUGAUGAAUUCAAGUCAGACUCUGGCCUAAAGCGCCACAUUGAGCUAAACCACAAGCUUGACCAGAGCCUUACCUGCAUCGGAUGUCAGCAGACAUACUAUCGUGCAUGCCUCUUCAUUGAACAUCUCGAAUAUGGUCACUGUGCGGUGAUCACCGCCAACCAAUUCCAAGGCCACAUCGUUCACAAGCACUUGAUCUCCGAGUUUCUCAAAGACGGUACAGCCUAUGCACGUUUCAAACAGAAGACUUCCAAAUAUGAUGCAGCCGUGGACUAUGAAGAAGAAGGUGGCGUCGAACUUGAAGGAAAUCCGUUGGAAGUCGACGAUGCUAUUGGAGAGGUCAAGUUCGCGGCGCUCAAACCCGACACUCCACCUGAGACGCCACUGUCCCAAGCAUUUGCUGUCCCGUACCCGCCUCUGCCAUCGCAGGUCAACAAGGGUUGGUAUGAAAUAGCAUCGAGCAUUGGUGACAUGUCCAUCACCGAUGAUUCUGAAGUUUCCAUCAUCAGACCCUCAGCCGCGGCCACUUUUCCUUCUUUGAACGGCGCGUCUUCCCGUGCUGGGUCUUCAGUCCAAGGUUCUAGUGUAGCAUUCACAUCUCGCCGACCUAAGGCGUGGGGAAGCCGUGCUGGUAAGACGGCCACCAACAUUCUCUUCCCCCAUGCAAAGCCGACUCCUGCCCCUAGCGACUUCUCAAUCUUAGCUCACGACGAGGCUAUGGAGGACCAAAAAGGCAUCAAUAUCAUGCGAACGCGCUUCUGGGACCCGAUGAGUAGCGACUGGAAUCCAGAAAAGUUCUACGACUCGGUCCUCAACAAGUUCGCCUGUCCCUUUGUGUGCGAACAGACCUUUGAAAGUGUGUCCGACCUCAACCAGCACAUUCUCGGCGACCACCGCAUCACGCGCAUCAAGUGUCCCACAUGCCUCAAAUACUUCAAAUCCGCCACGGCGCUCAUUGCACACUGCGAAUCUCGCGGCGCAAAGUGCCCAAUCAACAAGGCAGACGACUACAACAUCUUUCUCGACCGCAUCUCUGGCGGCUUCUUGGCCGUUGACGAACAGGUUCGCCCCGACCAUCUCAAUAAUCAGACCGUCUUCAUUACAGACCCGGUUUCUGGCCACAUGGAAAAGUAUAGGGCCCCGGUUGCUAGCUAUCUCCGGUACAUGGUGACCACGCCUCCAGACUGGAAGGAGCCGGUCAAGGCGGCGGCGCAGAUUGGCGGUAUGUUUAGGGGGACUUCGCGCUGGUAG